CUCCGCAGAACGGCAAACAAGACCCGGCGCGAGACAUUGAAGCUGCUCUUGGACAGAGGCGGUGGCACAGAGCCUGAUUUCAAGGCUGCUGCGAGAGAUGGCCAGAGACAUGAGUGCGGUGACAUCAGAAAGUAUUGCCUCGCUAGAGUCCCUGGAUGAUGUUGCACGCAGAGAAUUAGGAGAAACGCCUGCGGUAAAACGGACGGCUCUGGAAGAGUUGCGCCAGCUUAUUUCAGGUGAACCGUCGCUGAACUGCCCCACGGAUGACGACUUUCUGGUCAAGUUUCUGCGGGCCCGCAAGUACGACACGCAGUCCGCUUUCGAGAACGUCAAGAAAUACUUCAAGGUUCGAAGGGACAGACCGGAACUGUUUGAAGACCUAACCCCGAGCAGCAUCCCUUUCGACGUCGUUUGCCGCAAGCAUCAGCUGCUGACGGUGUCGCGCCAAACGGAUCCACUGGGAAGAACGGUUCUGCUGACGAAGAUCGGUUCCUGGAAUAGCGAUAUCUGCUCGCUGAACGACUACUUCAGAGUGGGCUUAGCCCUCUGCGAGUGCUUCCUCCUUCGGCUAGACUGUCAGAUUAGAGGCAUUGUGGUCAUUGUAGAUUUAAAGGGCCUCAACGUCUACCACCUGCCUUACUACACGCCUUCUGUUAUAAGAACGCUCGUCAGUCUUAUACAGGAGUGUUUUCCCUUGCGCCUGAAGAAAAUCUACAUUAUCAACAAUCCUCCAAUUUUUGACUUUUUAUUUGCAAUUGCCAAGACCUUCCUUAAAGCAAAACUAGCGAAACGGAUUCGCCUUUUUGGCUACAAUUUGACAGAAUUGCACCAACUUGUGCCAGAUGACGUCAUUUCGAAGGAACACGAAGGGACGAACGGAAGCUUCGAUUACGACCAAUUGGAGAGGGAGUUAAAGACUGCUGAGAAUUUCUUCCAAGCACUGAGUUCUUACGGAUACCGCGAGACGUUGUCGACAAAAACGGCGCCCGAGCCAAACGGCGUUCUCACUGACGAGGAAAUAAGUGAAGAUUACGUGCAUCUUUAAUCACUCUGUAAUCUAAUUAUGCUUCUUGUGGCUUAUGGGUGGCGAAAAUUUAAAUUCAUGCGCAGGUGUUUGUUCAUUUUUUGCAUUCCCCACUUGUCGCGAGCGCAGCUCCCAUGUGAUUCUCAUUUCAUUACUUAGCUUUUCCCACCAUAUAAUGGCAGCGUGUUACCAUACCUUUUUCCUUGUCGACCUCACUGGCUCUUCUUUUUUUUUCUCGAUCUCUCCCUCUCCCAUUUUACUAUGUUGGGGCCCAGAAUUAAGCUAACAUUUCUUCUUAAGUAUACUUUACGUUUUUUUUCUCGCACUCUCUCUCUCACAUUUUCCUAUGUUGGGGCCCAGAAAUUAAAGUAAGAUUUAUUCUUAAGUA